AUGGAACGGCAUAGUUACUCUUUUGUGAGUUGUAAAUCUGUUGUUGCUCGCCCUUUAGGUGGUCUCCCUAAGAUGAAGCAAAAAACGUUGCUCAAAAUUUCAAUGCAUCUUUUUCUAUUUUGUUGUUUGUUAAGCGGUCUAGGAAUGGCUUUGACGGUUUCUUCGGAAGAAUCCCCCCCCAGGGACAACUUCCUAUCCACCUGCAUGAAUGUCAUUGACGCGUUAACAUUCUACCAAGACGAGUUGCAAAAGUAUAAGUAUGAUGAUAUGUGUGCGCCUUAUCGGUACAUAGGCAAUACAGUUUUGGAGAAACACAACUUGAGUAAUUACAACUGCUAUGCGAAGAUGCAGAAAGCGUUGUGUAAACUGAGCUACACUCUUGUCGCGACCCCUGAGGGGGAGAGCGACAAAGGUGAAGCAGAUGAAAAAGUUGAAAGACCCCACACGGAAAGUACCAAUGAAGAGAAUAGCACUAAUAAGGAGCACCCGGAGGAGGAUUUCCCAAUAGAAAGGAUGGACGAUACUUGCAAAAGAACCAAGGAUAUGUUCAUGUCCUUGUUGAGGAAAUGUACCGAAAGAGGAUACGCAGACCCCUUGACCCAUUGUGCUUCCUUGGAUAUAGAAAAAAAUGUCAUCUCAGAUGGAGAACUAUUCUGUGAGAGUUCGUUCGAAAGAAAAAAAAAUGUACAGGAAAAUGAGAAUCGCAAAUCAGUCUACGUGAAUGGUUAUAAAAAGGAUAUAACUGAAACAUUCCAUUUUGAGGAAUACCAAAGAAACGACUGCAUCGGUAUGGUUAAUCUGUACAACACCUGCUCCAUUGUUAGAAGAAGUGUCUUUGGAUAUAAUUCUCUCAGCCAUUGUGCUGAACAAAGUGAAAAGCACUUUUGCAAUAGGAGGCUUCAGAAAAUGGAGGAUAAAAAUUAUAUAUACACUUGCUCAGAUGUGGUUUUGCCUUAUUUGUUAAGCGCAAAUAAUAAGGAGAAGACGUACAGCCAAAUGUGCCACGACGUAAAAGAUUACGCAAACAUGUUGAAGAAUGAAAAAAAUGAAUUUUUAAGGAGAAAAAAAGAAAUACAAGAAAAUGUGAAACAUAUUAAGCUAACACAAAAGUUGUACAAAAUUACGGAACAUAUUUUCCAAACUCUGCAAGAGGAAGUAGAAAAGUACAAUCCAGAUUUAUUUCAUCUGUUUAAUCUUUUGAAAAACGCAAAGAUUAUGCUUCCAAAUGAGUACAUGUUAAAAUUGGAUGAAAUAGCUGAUGGAAUGAUUCACUUGGAGGAUGGAGUGAGCAAAAUGGUGUACCCCAGCUUGGAUGAGAACAACAUUCAGGAAAACGUUUUGCUCGUUAAUGAAGCGAAGUCUUCCAUAGAGAACUUGCUUACCUUGCAAGAGGGCAUCGUGGCCACGGUUAGGAAGGUUAAUGAGUACAUUCGUAAGGCAACCACAGCAACAGCAAUCGGCGCAAUAGGAAGUUCUCCCCGAUAUAGGGCUAGCCCGUUUGGCAAUCGCGCGAGCCUCGUAAGCUUGGACGAGCUAGAGAAACUGCAAAAAAGGCAUGAGAGCAUUAACAAAAGAGUAGAAGAAUAUGCUGAUAGACGCAGCCACUCCAUUUUGCACGACCAUAAUUCCAUGAUGAAAGAUUUCCAUAACGAUAUUGAAAAGCUAAAUGGAUUAAUUGAAAUUUAUACUUCGCAAAUUUCUUUGCUAAUUGGUAAGGGGUUACUUGCAUGA